AUGGCUGCUCUUGUCACUACAUUGUGGGUGACGGUGCUCGCCGCGGUAGCCGUCCACGCUCAAGAUCCGACAUGGUGCGGGAAAGUGUACAUGAACACCUCGACGGUUGUGCCCCCAGGCGGCCAGUUCCCUACACCCGCAUCCUCGUCUACUCCCCUGCUCGCGCUGCGCUGCUCUCCAGCGUUGAUACCCUUCCUUCCCGACGACGUCACAACCGACGCCGAGGUCAUCCUCGUUGACGCGCUCGUCCGAUACUCGCAUAUCGCCGGUGCGGAGGACCUCACGCUACCAGAAGAUCCAUUAGAGACACUGGAUGUCACCGUAUCCCUUGAUGGAAACAUCGUAGCGAAUGGCACCGUUGCGCUGAACGGCACAGCGAGCCUGCCGUUCUCGCUGGAGGGGUUGAUGCCUCGCAUCGAACCCUACACACUCUCAUGCGCGGGCUCAGUCGGAGACCAGACCUUCAGCUCCACUUCGAAUCUCACAUAUCUUCCAACUCCCUCGCCGAAUGACUUUGGAAACGUCGCGAAGCGAGAUCUUCGCACGGGUGGGAUCCUUGCGAAAGCGACUGGCAGUGAGGGCGCCUACGAGGCUGUCUUCCCAUUCGGCUUCUACACGAACUUCGGAGGAUACCUGGAGAGCAACGAUACGACUGUGGAGAUCCUGGCCGAGCAAGGUUUCAAUAUGAUACACCCCGUUCCGACUUAUGACAAUCACACUGCACUGUUACAGCUCAUCGAUAAGAUGGAGGAACUCGGGCUCUGGAUGAUGUAUGACAUGCGGUGGACGUACAUGAACCUGACGGACGUGUCCGACGAGGUUUCCCCCCUUCGCUCGCGCACCAAUGUCCUUACCUGGUACACUGGCGACGAACCAGACGGCACCUCCGACCCGUUGAACGCAACGACCCUGACCUACGACCUGCUCAAAGAUCUCGACCCCUACCGUCCAGUAUCACUUGUCCUCAACUGUCAGAACUACUUCUGGACAGACUACUCCUCUGGAACCGACGUCAUUUUGCAAGAUGUCUAUGAAGUUGGAAACAACGUCACAUUCAGUAGUGAAUGGUUCACGCCGUGCACGGAGAUCCAAGGCGACUGCGGAUGCGACAACUGCAAGGGGUCGUUCGAGGACAUCCGGGAUCGCGUCACACAGUUCCGCGAGAGGAUGGAGGUUGUUGGAUGGGAGCGCUCAAAGACAGUCUGGACUGUCCCUCAGGGCUUUGGCGGCGACGGAGAAUAUUGGGCGCGCGCACCCACCGGCGCUGAAUGGCUCAUCGAGGCAAUCGUGGGAGUCAACGCAGGAGCUUUCGGUGUUGUGUCGUGGAACGACCCGACGACGCCAGACAUCAAAGCGUCAUCAUCAGCGCUGGCCAAGGCAUUGCCUGCCAUGGUACCCGACUUCAUCCUGUCGCCCAAGUCAACGUACACGCACGUCAUAACCGACGAUCGUCUCGAUUUGGGCGUCUGGACGCGCGAAGACACCUCAAGUGCGCUAGUUCUUGCGGCCAACUUGGACUACUUCAACGCGAGCGUCUCGUUCGACACCGUGUUCGGCAAUGCGACCGUAGAAGGCACGAAGACUGUGUUUGACGGAGGAGCAACAGCAGAUGGCGAGAGCAUCACAUUUGGCUCUGUCGCGUCGGGCGCGUGGAUCUUUACUCUUGCGAAUGCGACAGUGGCCUUCGAUUAG